UAAUUUCUUCACCAGAACAAUUCCAUCACCACCAUUUCCCCUCUACCUAACGUACUCCAAUUUCCCCCAAUUAAACAAUUUCUGCCCCAAUUAGUUCUCUCCACCUGAAACAUCAAAUAAAUGAUAUUUUCUUGAUUUCCCAAAAUCCUGUUGGGGUACUCUCUUCAAUCUCCUGCUUUCUUACUACUCACUCUGCACACAAACAAGAACACACACAAGAAGGUGUGGAAACGCACAUUUUCUUGGCAAAGAUGAGCGCCCUUGUGAAUCCCAUAACGACAUGGUCACGAACAAGCUCUGUGAAAGAUGUUAAUGGGAGCAGAUUCAGAUCCACGCCCUUUAUCCUGCCGCAUCCACUCCACAGCAAUCUGCCCGUCUCUUUCUGUUUCUCAGACCCCACGAGGAAGCCCGUCAGUUUUUCGUCACUCACAGUAUCAGCAGUCCUGGUGAAAGAGCAGAAAGAGGAGAGCAAGAUCAUUGAGAAAGCUCCCACCUUUGAUUUCAAGAAUUACAUGCUGGGGAAGGCGAGUUCUGUGAACAAAGCCUUGGAAGAAGCAAUCUUGCUGAGGGAGCCCUUGAAGAUUCAUGAGUCCAUGAGGUAUUCUCUUCUUGCAGGGGGGAAGAGAGUGAGGCCCAUGCUUUGUAUUGCUGCCUGUGAGCUUGUGGGUGGGCAAGAAUCCACUGCCAUGCCGGCUGCCUGCGCGGUUGAGAUGAUCCACACCAUGUCCCUGAUGCAUGAUGACUUGCCCUGCAUGGAUAACGAUGAUUUGAGGAGAGGAAAGCCCACAAACCACAAGAUGUUUGGUGAGGAUGUGGCUGUUUUGGCUGGUGAUGCCCUUUUAGCUUUUUCCUUUGAGCAUGUGGCCACUGCCACAAAGGGGGUGAGUUCAGCGAGAAUUGUUAGGGUGAUUGGUGAAUUGGCCAAGUGUAUUGGUUCAGAAGGGCUGGUGGCUGGACAAGUGGUUGAUAUAUGCUCUGAGGGGUUGUCUGAAGUGGGAUUGGAUCAUUUGGAGUUCAUUCAUCUCCACAAGACUGCUGCUUUAUUGGAGGCAUCAGUGGUGUUGGGGGCCAUUUUAGGAGGAGCAAAUGACGAAGAGGUUGAAAGGUUGAGGAAGUUUGCUAGGUGUAUUGGGCUGUUGUUUCAGGUGGUGGAUGAUAUUCUUGAUGUCACCAAGUCUUCCCAAGAAUUGGGGAAGACUGCUGGGAAAGACUUGGUGGCUGAUAAGACCACAUACCCUAAGCUUCUUGGCAUUGACAAGUCAAGAGAGCUUGCUGAGAGAUUGAAUACGGAAGCUCAGGAGCAGCUCGUUGGAUUCGAUCCCAUCAAGGCUGCUCCACUGAUUGCUCUGGCUAAUUACAUUGCUUAUAGGGACAACUGAUCUGUUGUUUGCAACUCAUCGUGCUUUGUAUGAAGACAACAUAGUUUACUCAAACGACAAACACUGUUGGUUUCUCAUUGAUCAUAUUGUAGAUUUGAGAUACUAUUCAGAUGAUCAAAGAUGAGAUUGCAACUGUAUCAUAUUUCUUGAAUGCCAUAAGAUCAAUCUUUACGUCUUUCA